CAGGCGCCGCUCUCUCUCAAACCAGGCUCUUGGCUCCCAGCGCCCGGCUCCCGGCACCUGGCGCGCAGCCUUCCCGCACACGAGCUGCAGCCCAGGCCGCUGGGUGUUGGGACGCGGGAGUCAGUGUUGUGCCGUCCGCCCGCAGUCCUCGGCCCCGCAGAGUCUAGAGGCCGCCGGGAUGGAGGCGCCAUACCCGGUCGGAGCCCAACCCCUUGCCGGCAUGGAGAUGAAGGGUCCCAUCCGGGAGCCUUGCACCCUGACCCUAGCCCAAAGGAACGGGCAGUAUGAGUUAAUAAUCCAGUUGCACGAGAAGGAACAGCAUGUUCAAGAUAUCAUUCCUAUAAAUAGCCACUUUAGAUGUGUUCAAGAGGCAGAAGAAACUCUUCUGAUUGAUAUAGCUUCAAACAGUGGCUGUAAAAUUCGGGUUCAAGGGGACUGGAUCAGAGAGCGCCGCUUUGAAAUCCCUGAUGAGGAACACUGUUUGAAGUUCCUCUCAGAAGUCCUUGCUGCUCAGGAUGCUCAGUCCCAACUUCUUGUUCCAGAGCAAAAGGAUUCAUCCAACUGGUACCAGAAAUUAGACACUAAGGAGAAACCUUCUGUUUUUUCAGGACUUCUUGGAUUUGAGGAUAACUUUUCGUCUAUAAAUUUGGACAAGAGAAUAAAUUCACAGAAUCAGCCUACAGGGAUUCAUCGGGAACCUCCACCCCCACCCCCUUCCACGAAUAGAAUGCUUCCACGUGAAAAAGAAACCUCUAACAAGGAACAACCCAAAGUGACCAACACCAUGAGGAAGCUCUUUGUACCAAACACCCAAUCUGGGCAGCGGGAGGGCCUCAUCAAACAUAUCCUGGCAAAACGCGAGAAAGAAUAUGUCAACAUUCAGAGUUUCAGAUUUUUUGUUGGAACUUGGAACGUGAAUGGCCAGUCUCCUGAUAGUGGGUUAGAACCUUGGCUGGACUGUGACCCGAAUCCUCCUGAUAUCUACUGCAUUGGAUUCCAAGAGCUGGACUUGAGCACAGAAGCCUUUUUCUAUUUUGAAUCUGUUAAGGAACAGGAAUGGUCCAUGGCUGUGGAGAGGGGUUUGCAUUCCAAAGUCAAGUAUAAGAAAGUUCAACUAGUCCGUCUUGUUGGGAUGAUGCUCCUGAUAUUUGCCAGAAAGGAUCAGUGGCGAUACAUCCGUGAUGUUGCUACAGAAACAGUUGGAACUGGAAUCAUGGGGAAAAUGGGAAACAAAGGUGGGGUAGCUGUGAGGUUUGUAUUUCACAACACUACCUUCUGCAUUGUCAACUCCCACCUGGCCGCUCAUGUAGAAGACUUUGAGAGAAGGAAUCAAGAUUAUAAGGACAUCUGUGCACGAAUGAGUUUUGUGGUCCCAAAUCAGACCCUCCCACAGCUGAACAUCAUGAAACAUGAUGUUGUGAUCUGGUUGGGAGAUUUGAAUUAUAGACUUUGCAUGCCUGAUGCCAAUGAAGUAAAGAGUCUUAUUAGCAAGAAUGACCUUCAGAGACUCUUGAAAUUUGACCAGCUAAAUAUUCAGCGUACUCAGAAAAAAGCUUUUGUUGACUUCAUGGAAGGCGACAUCAAAUUCACCCCCACUUAUAAGUAUGACUCUAAAACAGACCGAUGGGAUUCCAGUGGGAAAUGUCGAGUUCCAGCCUGGUGUGACCGAAUUCUCUGGAGAGGAAUAAAUAUUAAUCAGCUUCAUUAUCGGAGUCACAUGGAACUAAAAACCAGUGACCACAAGCCUGUUAGUGCCCUCUUCAAUAUUGGGGUGAAGGUUGUGGAUGAACGGAGGUAUCGGAAAGUGUUUGAAGAUAUUGUGCGCAUCAUGGACAGAAUGGAAAAUGAUUUCCUUCCUUCCUUAGAACUCAGUAGGAGGGAGUUUGUGUUUGAGAAUGUGAAGUUUCGGCAACUACAAAAGGAGAAGUUCCAGAUCAGCAACAAUGGACAGGUUCCCUGCCAUUUUUCUUUCAUCCCUAAACUUAAUGACACCCAGUACUGCAAGCCAUGGCUUCGGGCUGAACCUUUUGAGGGCUACUUGGAGCCAAAUGAGACAGUGGACAUCUCCCUCGAUGUGUACGUCAGCAAAGACUCUGUGACCAUUUUGAACUCAGGGGAAGAUAAGAUUGAGGAUAUCCUUGUCCUUCACCUGGACCGAGGCAAAGAUUACUUCUUGACUAUCAGUGGAAACUACCUUCCCAGUUGUUUUGGUACAUCCUUAGAGGCUUUGUGCCGAAUGAAAAGGCCAAUCCGAGAAGUUCCUGUUACCAAACUCAUAGACCUGGAAGAAGACAACUUCCUAGAAAAGGAGAAAUCCCUUCUACAAAUGGUUCCCUUGGAUGAAGGUGCCAGUGAGAGACCCCUUCAGGUCCCCAAGGAGAUCUGGCUUCUAGUAGAUCACUUGUUCAAAAAUGCCUGCCACCAGGAGGACCUGUUCCAAACCCCCGGCAUGCAGGAGGAGUUACAGCAGAUCAUUGAUUGUCUGGAUACCAGCAUUCCUGAGACAAUCCCUGGCAGUAACCACUCCGUGGCAGAAGCACUGCUUAUUUUCCUGGAGGCCCUGCCAGAGCCUGUCAUCUGUUAUGAGCUGUAUCAGCGAUGCCUUGACUCUGCUCAUGACCCCCGCGUCUGCCGACAGGUGAUUUCCCAGCUUCCCAGAUGUCAUAGAAAUGUUUUCCGUUACCUGAUGGCAUUCCUUCGAGAACUCUUAAAAUUCUCUGAAUAUAACAACGUCAGUGCCAACAUGAUCGCUACUCUCUUCACUAGCCUUCUUCUAAGGCCUCCACCCAACUUUAUGGCAAAACAGACACCAAGUGACCGCCAGCGGGCAAUCCAGUUUCUUCUGGGCUUUCUGCUUGGGAGCGACGAAGACUAAACUUUUUCCUCUCACUACUCUCCAAGACUCCAGAGGAAAAGGAUCUCAAACACCAAGUAUUUCAGAAUGAUUUGAAAAUUCAUUUGAAGGGUCUGUUGUGGAAUACCAGUGCUGUUGGCAUGAGAAAACUCUGUUUCUAGUGCAAAAGAAAGAACAUUUCCCAAUCCCUCCUUUACCAUACCCUACACAGCAAAAUACUUUUAGACUCAUAUUGCCAAGCCAAAGUUCCCGUAUUUUGGUGGGUUUUUUGUUUGUUUGUUUGUUUGUUUGUGCUCUCUCUUUAUAAGGGAAAGAGAUCUGUAUUUGCACUCCUUUACCCAGGAUGUUUCUCACCUUCUUGCUCAGCUGUCAUGGUUUUCCUUCGUACCUGAGGCCUAGAUUCUGAGAUAGUCCCACUCUAGGCCUAUAAGCACUACUCGCUAUAGCUCAGACUUGUCUGUAGUCUUUCACUACACUGCACUUUUUUCCCCCUCUCCCCACCUCACCCCACUUGCCCUCCACUCCACUAGUACUGUCAUGUCGAAGAAAGUCUGAGUCAGGCUAGUGACUCUGGAUAUCCCCAGCAGUGAGCUAACCGUCGUCGACACGUGGCUGUUAACAUGCAUCCGUGUGUUGUUUCUUCUACAGUGGCAUCUGUAUGUCUCUUACCACUGGCCUUUUCAUAGGUCUGCACUGGGCUGAACCACAGUCCCUGCAUAUUCUCUGCCACCACAUUUAGUAGCUGUACUUCAGGUACCAUUAGAGAUGGCAUUCCAUUGAUGUGAGAGAGCGACAGAGCAAAAGCACUUUGAGUAUUUCAGGAGUGAGAAGAUUCAUGCUUGGCGGGUCUUGCCUCCUGCCAUGCCUUUCUUAUUCUGAUUCAAAUUUCACUUGAAAACGUAUUCUAGGUGUCUGUGAGACCACCCCCCACCCGCGGAUAGAAGCCCACCUCUAGAGUAAUAGUUGUACUACAGUCAGAAAGGGCGUCUGCACCUCUAGCGGACCUUGAUGGUGAUGCCACUCCUCCUCCUCCCAGUGAUGCUCUGGGAGAAUCAUCUUGGAACCCCCCGUGGGCUCUACAACCAGCUCCCAAUGGAUCCCAGUCACCUCUCCCAGUGCUGUAUAGUACAAACUGGGCAGUGAGACCAAACAAGCACCUUUCUCUCCCACUUGAGACAGCCCUCGGAGUUUGUUUUUUUAAUCUAUUUGAGCUCUAGAGCAGCCUUUUUUUUAGAAAAGAAAAAAAAAUCUCCAUAAGUUGGCAACCCAACCAACAGCCACAGACUGCAAAACUAGUCUGAUGCAAUUGGCUUCCUCCUGGUUUUCUUUCCUCAAAACAACCCUGAAUCGACUCACUCUUGCCUAUGAACAUUAACUCCAAGGAGCCUAACAUAGCGGCUCGACGUCCUGCCUUGACCAUUGACUCUUGACUCUUCUCCCGUCUCCUGUAACUUGAGUUCUUUUGGGGGAAGAGAAGGUAGGUAUCCUGUGAUAAAAGGUUAAACCCUUUCAUGUUUGGGAGUGGUGGAGCUCUGAGUCAAGUUCCCGGUGCCAAAUAGCUGCAGAUGUGAUAGAGGCCGGGUGUUGAACUCAGUUAGCAGAAAACUGAGAACAGCAGUGUUGUUAUCUCUGUUAGAAACAUCCUAUCCCAGCAGAAGGUGGUCACAGCAGAGACAGAUUAUAGAGCUGGGGCAAAGACAGGGCCCUGCCUUCCCUGGGCACACAAUCUAGUCCAGUGCCAACUUGGGAGCUAUGAGUGAUCAAGAAUGUUGUCGUCGGAGCUGUGUGCAGCACCCUCACUACUUGUUGAGAUGUCAAAUGCACUAAGUCAGUUUACUGCCUCAGCCUUUUCCAGCUCCAGUCCUGGAAUGUGCUCCAGGUUGAGGGUUUUUCGACAAUCUCUCUCGGUAAGGAGAACAAGAAAUAGAGCAGGUGUGAUAACCCUGCUAGUCUCCUGUGCCUCUUCCAGAGCUCCAGCCUCAGAUUCCUACAUACCUCUAAUCUACUUUUUCAUAGCCUUCUAUUGUAAGGAGUUCAGAUCCAGUCGGUAGGAAAGGACUCUGCAUCUGUUUGAGGGAAGAUAGGGUUCAAGCCCGUGUGGUGACAUGGCAUUAGUCUCCCCUUCACUGCUUUCUGAUUCUCCUUUGGUAAUCAUUUAUAUUUUCCACAAAAUGUCUUCUUGGUCACUAAGCAAAGCUGCUAGUGGAAUUCUGCAUUCCGUGUCAUCUUUUUUUUUAUUAUAAUUUAUUGCAAAAAUUUUUUCUGAAUAAAUAUAUGUUGUGUGAAAAGUCA